UUUAUGUACAUAAACGGAAGUGCACAAUGGAAGUUGGUGCCAUCCUUUUUCUUCAAGUUUUCGCAACCUUAGUAGUGUUUGUUUUCAUCCCUCUUCACUACGAGUUACUCGCCGAGAUAAAUAUUCUUGAAUUUGAAUGAAAGAAAAUUUUGCAGCUCGUUAGGAAACCAAAAUGUAUCCAAGAAACUAUGCCAGGGGUCGCGGCCGUGAAGGCCCAAUGCCCAACGACCCCAUGGGUCCAGGAGGUUUAAAGGUGCAUUCAAGUGGAUAUGGCUCGGACAAGGCAUAUUCCUCACUCGCACCUUCAACAUUUGGUGGUUCUGAAUAUAACCCAAGAGGAGUUCAUGAUAAAGAUGAACCUGAUCACUUUGAUGCCAGCCAAACACAACAUUCCACAGGAAGAGGAAGAGGUAUUGUAGAGUCCCAGCGGCAACGAGAAGUGGAAAUUUUUCAGAAACGUCAGCUAGUUAAAGCACCUGUCGAAAGUUUGAUGAAAAGUUUGAGUCUGCAAGAAAAUCCAAUCUGUAAAAACCAAGAGGCAGUUUUGAAGCACGGAGAACAGGGCCAGCGCAUUGAUCUGUGCACGAAUUACAUCAAACUGAAACUUGAGGAAAACAAAGGUGUUUUCAUGUACGAAGUGAUGUUUGAGCCUCAAAUUGACGCCUUGUAUGUGCGGUAUGAGUUGUUGAAGCAGAUGCAAAAUAUGAUUGGCGCCACUCGCACCUUUGAUGGAGUCAUGCUUUAUCUUCCCUUUGAACUUGGACAAGAGGCUAGCUCUUUGAAGUUGAGCCACCCAUUUGAUGAGUCGGAUGUUCAGGUGACAAUCACCUUCAGAAAGAAACAGGAAAUGAGAGAUUGCAUCCACCUAUACAAUGUACUCUUCAAAAGAGUUAUGGUCGAGCUUAAACUUGCUCGCCUCGGCAGACACCACUUUGAUCCUAGAGGAGCCAAACUGGUCCCCCAGCACAAGCUAGAAGUGUGGCCAGGAUAUGUCACGGCCAUCGAUGAGCACGAAGGAGGUCUGCUGCUUUGCUGUGACACAUCUAGCAAGGUUCUGAGAACACAAACUGUCUUGGAGCUCAUGUACGAGGUCUCCAUGGCCAAAAAGCAGCACUUUCAGACUGAACUUAAGAACAUGCUAUUGGGCGCUUGCGUUCUCACGAGAUACAACAAUCGUCUCUAUAGGGUUGACGACGUUGACUUCUCACUGAAUCCAAACUGCACAUUUGACAGGAACAAAGAUGAGAAAAUUUCGUUCAAGGAAUAUUACAAGACUCACUACAAUCUCCAAAUUCGGGAUUUGAGCCAGCCUUUACUUGUGAGUCGCGUCACUCGAAGGCAAAAAGGAAUGGAGCCUGUAGAUCAAAUGGUAGUUCUGGUGCCGGAGUUGUGCUUCAUGACUGGACUGACGGAUGAAAUGCGGAAAGACUUCAAAGUUAUGAAAGACGUCGCGCAGUACACAAGAGUGUCACCGAAUCAGAGGCAUUAUGCCCUCCGUCAAUUAGUUCAAUCUGUGCAAGGCAGCAAAAGUGCUUCUGCUCUGCUUGCCAGCUGGGGUUUGACUUUGGACUGCACAACAGUUGAAAUCCAGGGCCGAGUUGUUGACAGGGAGAAAAUCAUUUUAGCUGGUCAGGAGUGCGACAGUGGUCCGAAUGCAGAUUGGGGACAACAUCUUACGACAGGAAGACCUUUCGAGGCUGUUGAUUUGAUCAAUUGGGUGGUCGUCCACUGCUCGAGAGACACAAAGACUGUCACGCAACUGAUCACCAAUUUGAUGAAAGUUGGACCUCAGAUGGGCUGCAAGAUUGAGGGCCCAGAUUUAGUCACUUUGCCGGAUGAUAGGACAGAAUCUUACGUUAACUCAUUGAGAGAUAUCAUUGAUGACUCUCUCCAACUGGUACUGAUUUUGUUCCCAGCUUCCAGAGAUGAUCGAUAUAGUGCAGUGAAGAAAAUUUGCUGCUCGGAGUUGCCAAUCGCUUCUCAGGUUGUCAUCAGCAGGACGCUCUCAAGGCCCGACAGAGUUCGGUCCAUUGUGCAGAAGAUUGCUCUCCAGAUCAACUGCAAGAUUGGUGGUUCACUAUGGAGUAUCAAAAAUCCCUAUAAAGGGUGCAUGGUCAUUGGGCUGGACGUAGCACGCCAAAAAGGUCAACCGAGUGUCACAGGAUUCGUCAGCUCACUGAACCCAACUCUAACCCAUUGGUUCAGUAAAGUUGCCAUUCAGAAACCAUCUCCUCAGCCGAUGAGCGAUUCCCUGCAGUUAAACGUCAUCUGCGCCCUGCAGCGAUACCGUGCUACCAACAAUACUCUACCUGACAGGAUUUUCUUGUAUAGAGAUGGUCUAAGUGAAGGCAUGCUGCACUACGCUUUGGAGUGGGAAGUGGAGCAAGUGAAGGCUGCCUUUAUCAAGGUGUCUCCGGACUACCAGCCAAAGUUUUCUUUUGUCAUCGUGCAGAAGAAGCCAAAUGCAAAACUGUUCCAUAUCAAGGGAAACAAUUUGGACAAUCCACCGCCUGGCACAGUGGUUGACCACACCAUCAGCCAGAAAUACCUCUACGACUUCUACCUCGUGUCCCAGAACGUGCGUCAAGGAACAGCCAGCCCCUCGCACUACAUUGUUCUCUACGACAACUCGGACAUCAAAUCCGACCACAUCCAGAGGUUUUCGUACAAACUCUGCCAUCUAUACUACAACUGGCCCGGCACGGUGCGAGUUCCUGCCCCUUGCCAGUAUGCCGCAAAACUAGCCACACUCAUUUGCAUGCACACCAAGAGGGAGCAUGAUCCAAAACUUGAUGAGCGGUUGUUCUUCUUGUAGACAAAGGACGAAUUGGUUAAUUUCAAAAUGUGAAAUGGAGUGGUGCGAAAGAAAGAACAACAUCUAGGAGAUUGCCACUUGAAGGAAAACACACGAUCAUGCGACAAUUUAAUAUGGAAAAUUGAGUUAGCAGCAUCGUGUAAAUUUGUAUUUAAAUGAAUUUUUAUCAGACGAUCCUUCCUGAUACAAAUUUUAUAAAAUAAUAAUUUUUAGUUAAUAUAUUGGUGAAUUGUGGUUAUUAGCAGUUAAAUGUUAUUUUAUUACCAAAUAAAAUGGUUUUAAAUAUUA